UUGGUGUUCCUGCACGGAAACGGACUGUGUGGAAAACCCGCAGCUUCACAUCAGUGAUCGGGAAUCCUGCUAUUUCCACUUCAUGUGACCGAUUGAUGCGUGACUGAAAGAUGUUUUCUGAGCCUCGGAGUCAUUCCCCGUCAUGACCUCACCGGGCCGUCCCUCCAGUUGAAUGGGAUUCCUCAUCGCCUUCCUGUCGCUCGUCUUGGCACCGACUGUCUCUGCUGCUGCUGCUGCUGCUGCUGCUCCUCCAAACACCCCGAUUUUAGGAUCUGUGAGCUUUUUGCUUCCUCUGAUCAGUUCAUUGAUGGUUUGAUGCGACACCCGCCUGUCUGAUCGUCAGAAGAGCGACGACGCCAAAUCUCUGGUAGCCUGCGCGUCAGGGCCUUGGCCAUGGGGGGAUCCAAGAGUAAGCCCAAGGAUGUCGGUCAGCGAACCCGCAGCCUCGAUGGCAACCUCGGCUCUGGUGGAGGGGCUGGCGGCCACCACCACAGCUCCAAUCAACAGUCCUUAACACCCAGUCGUAGCCCUACUAUGGAUGGAGGACUGGGUGGUAAUCAGUCUAUGACCAAUAAUGCAGAGCUGGCCCUGUUUGGAGGCGUGGACAAUAACAGCGUCACCUCUCCCAACAGAAUCACACUAGCAGGAGGUGUGACAACCUUCGUGGCGUUGUAUGAUUACGAGUCCAGAACAGCCUCAGACCUCUCCUUCAGGAAGGGUGAACGCCUCCAGAUAGUCAACAACACGAGGAAGGUGAACUGCAGGGAAGGCGACUGGUGGCUGGCACGCUCCCUGACCACUGGAGAGAGCGGUUAUAUCCCCAGCAAUUAUGUGGCUCCAUCUGACUCCAUCCAGGCAGAAGAUCAUCUCAGACUGACUCUAGAGUCCAGGUGGUACUUUGGCAAAAUCACUCGCCGCGACUCGGAGAGGCUGCUGCUAAGUUUAGAGAACAGGAGGGGGACUUUCCUGGUGCGAGAGAGUGAGACCACCAAAGGUGCCUACUGUCUGUCUGUAUUGGACUAUGACAACACCAAAGGGCUGAAUGUGAAGCACUACAAGAUCAGGAAGCUGGACAGUGGAGGCUUCUACAUCACAUCACGCACGCAGUUCAGUAACCUGCAGCAGCUUGUCAGCCACUAUCGCAAGCAUGCUGAUGGACUGUGUCACAGUCUAACAGACAUCUGUCCUGUGCUGAAGCCUCAGACUCAGGGCUUAUCCAAGGACGCCUGGGAGAUCCCAAGAGAGUCUCUCCGUCUUGACCUCAAGCUCGGGCAGGGCUGCUUUGGAGAGGUGUGGAUGGGAACAUGGAACGGUACAACACGGGUGGCUAUAAAGACUCUGAAGCCCGGCACUAUGUCCCCUGAGGCCUUCCUCCAGGAAGCUCAGGUCAUGAAGAAACUGAGACAUGAAAAGCUGGUUCAGCUCUACGCCGUGGUGUCCGAGGAGCCGAUCUACAUCGUCACAGAAUACAUGGGACAAGGUAGCUUACUGGAUUUCCUGAAAGGUGACAUGGGUAAGAUUCUCCGCCUCCCCCAGCUGGUGGACAUGGCCUCACAGAUUGCUUCAGGGAUGGCUUAUGUGGAGAGGAUGAACUAUGUGCACAGAGACCUGAGAGCUGCGAACAUCCUGGUGGGAGAUAACCUGGUUUGUAAAGUGGCUGAUUUUGGUCUGGCUCGCCUCAUUGAAGAUAAUGAGUAUACUGCCAGGCAAGGAGCCAAGUUUCCCAUCAAAUGGACGGCUCCUGAGGCUGCUCUGUACGGCCGCUUCACCAUUAAAUCUGAUGUCUGGUCAUUCGGGGUCCUGCUGACUGAACUGGCCACUAAAGGCCGAGUACCCUAUCCAGGUAUGGUGAACCGGGAGGUGUUAGACCAGGUGGAGCGUGGCUACAGAAUGCCGUGCCCAGCAGAGUGCCCCGAAUCCCUGCAUGAGCUCAUGCUGACCUGCUGGAGAAAAGAGCCCGAGGAGAGGCCCACCUUUGAGUACCUGCAGGGCUUCCUGGAGGAUUACUUCACCUCCACGGAGCCUCAGUACCAGCCAGGAGAGAACCUGUAACUGGGCUGAACGUGCAUGCGUCAUGCAUGUGCAAAACAGAGCAUGUGCAUCUACUUCAGAGUGCAUGGACAAGUAUGUGUGAGGGUAUGUAUGUACAGUGUAACGGGGCAGAAAGCCAACUGCAUUCUGGGUACAAUCAGUAACUCUCUGACAUGGAGGAGUAUCAGUGGGACAUCAAACCAAUCAGCAACAUUCAGUUCCUGCCUCUUUCCAAAGUCAUUGUCACGCUCUCAGCUCUGAGGGGCUGUUUUUAAUUAAAAGAUUAAACUGUGGUAUUAUUUUGAGUUGAUCAUACGGUACUGUGUUAUUUUUGUUUGUCAGUCAAUCAACACCCGACACACCCAAGCGGGUCUUUCUACCUUCUUUGUGUUUGAACAGCCCGAAUAAUAUACAUUCCCCAUGCACUCUUCCUGUGUUAACUCACCUGGCUGAUCUUGUUGCCAGCUUCAACACUGCAACUGACUGUGGCAUAAAAGACUGCAUACUGGUCAAACAUGGGAGGAUGAAUGUUGGAUACAAGUGUUGUCCUGCUGAAAGCAUCACUUCAGGAUGUCUAUUUUUUACUGCGUUUCCUUUGGGACUCCAUUUGAAACAGUCUGUCUUCCAUUUUGCCACUUGAGAAGCAACUGUUUGGGAACGUACAAUAAUUUUGACAGAAUAUUGUGGGUUUUAUUUUCUUAAUAGACCUGGAUCAACUGGAAUAUAUUCAGGUGAACGAUUUUAUUUUAGAGCAAUGCUUCCCCUGUGCAACAUUUCGGCUAGUUUCCCAACUGCUGUGAGAUUUAGUAGGAGACUAACACCCUUGAUUCUCAUAAGAGUGUGCAGUCUCACUCGCCGAAUUGGUUUAUCGCUGUGACCAACAUACAGCUCAACUCAAAGAAGAGAUGAGGCAGCGUCUGCCUCUCUAUUUUCAAAUUGUGACUUUUCUUACAAAAACAAAAUGGCUACUGAUCACUAACAGUCAUCUCAGGAUGGAGAAGACUAGAUUUCUGCUGCAAGGAUUUUUGUGCCAAUGAAAUUCUCUUUUGUACUCUCUUCUACUGUGUAAAAGUGUAUUUUACUACUCUACUUUUCUGGAAUAAUCCACUGUUUUGAGAUCCUGCGCCUGUGUACAGUACCAGCCGGCCCACCAGCAUUGGUUUCAAGGUGCUGAUUUGUUUUCAAGCGUUCAAAUUAAAAUCAGGUGAAUCUUCUUUCAUGUUUCCUCUCAGUUCUGACCUUCAUUAAAGCUAGGGUAGGCAGAAAUCUGGAAAAGGCAAAAAAAAAAAAAAAAAAAAAUUAAAAUACACCCUCCUCUUGCAGCUCUCCCAUCUCUAUCCUAAGCCCCUCCAGAUGACCACGGGCAUAUGCACGCACUUUAAACAGUAACCCAGUGUUUCCAAUACUGAAUAUUGUGUAUUUACUCAGCACCUCCCUGCGCUGCUCUCUCUGUGUUUAUCAGACCACAAAUGAGACAAGACAUUAGCCACCCACCGUCCCUCCGCCUUGCUGCCCGCCACUGUGGACUGUAUCCCCGGGAGGAAAACAGGCAGCAGCUCAGGAGAUGAAUCCUCGGUUGUCAGCAGUAGCUGCUCGAACAUGGCCAGCACAAACUCCCCAGUGCCAGAUGUCAUGGAGGCCUGGUGGCCAGCAGCAGGGUCUAACUUGUCAGCCAAUCUGGCGAGGAAUCGGGCUGUUCGGUCCCCUACGGACCUGGGGUGUUUGUGCUGGCUGGAUUUGUGUUGCUGCAGCAGCUGACUGGGGACAGUCUCCAGAGCUGCUGCCAGCUUUCCUCCUGGUGAGGUGGUCUGUAGUGGCGGGGAGUGAGGCGGAGGACACACCAUGAUUCAAGGCUCUGGCUUACGUUAGCUACAUAGACAUGAAGCCACGGCUGUGAGCCUUUAGCUCUGGAUGGUCUGAGAUCAGAACCCUGGCUCAAAAGGCAUUCAGGUAUCAUUUGACUGUUUGAGAGUUUGAGAGGAUGUGCAAAUCAAGUCUGAUCGGCCAUGUCAGAAAACGGAGCAACAUCGGGCAAGAGGGUCCUGUGAGACAGAGUCUGGGCUUUACAGAGGGGCAUUUGCAAGUUGUUUUAUUAGUUGUAGGCCUUUACAUCAAUUCACCAAAAGAACAAAGCAGGCAAGACUUAUUGCAUGAUCCAAAUCUCCAUUAUAACUUGCCAAUUUCAGUGUGUGGGUUGAUCGCAUCGAGGUUGUUGUUUCCCGUAGCAAAGGGGAUUUUGAAAACGGUAACAGGCAGAGAGCAGAAGGGAGAAUGCCGGCCAAAAUAGUCGGCCCACGGCAGGUUUAUGGCCACAGUCUACAUUGGAUGAGUCAGACUAUGCCGAUACUAACACAUAUUUUGUUUAAUUUUGUGUCAACUGUCUUGUAGACUCCUUUUGAAAUUUUGCCUUUCUGUUUUUGGGUUGCUUUGCAGUGUAGGCAGUUGUUGCCAAUGCUGGAAUAGCAACUUCCUCAGCAGAAUACUCCACAAUUGAAUCAGGCUGUCCCUAAGGAGACAUGCACAUGCAUCUGCAUUUGUAGAACAGCCAAUAGGAAUGCCUUUCAAUUGCAGACGGGUAAACUGUCCAGUCAUUUCAUUUGGUCUGAAUGAAAUGACUGGACGGGCUUAUUACAAGUCUUUUUCCUGAGUUUUUCAUUUAUUGAUUGCAGUCAGGAUGUGAAGAGAAUUUUCAACAAAUAUAACAAAAAAAGCUUUUUAAAACAAGUUGCCUACCCUCGCUUGAAUAUGAAGAUUUCUAUGUUGAAUCAAAUGGUGCAUCUUUGUGCACGAUCGUACACUGGAGGUUAUGUUUCUGUGAUAAAUGAGCAUCAGAGUGAUCCUGUGCUGAGUCUGCCAACCAGUGCGCCUUCCCAUAUAAACAGCAUGUAUAGCAAAUAAAUUAGCAUCUUGAAACUUAACUGUAAAUAUCCUUUAUGCUAAUAUUUUUGUAUAUAUCAUCUUUAUAAUUUAUUCCUUUUAAAAAUAACCCAAUUGUUUAUUUUGCUUUGGCGUCAUCGUUCAAACUUUAAUGUUUAUGGUACUUUUAUGGGUUAAAUAACAUCUGACAAUAACAAUAUAAGUAUAUAUUAUAGAAACACUUUUACAUUACAAGUAUGUCUUUAUUUUUUGUGCACGUAUUUCUGUGAAACGUAUCUUGGUUGUACAUUUUCAGUUUGACAGAACUGGUGAGAUCAGCUCCAUGUCCCCUGACUCCCCACACCUCUGUCCUGCCAGAUACUGAUCCUCUACCAGCGUUACUCCUUCCCAUAAUACAAUCAAAACCACAAAUGUUUACAUCGUGAUAAUCUUCGAAUCAUUUUGGUGCUGCUUCAGAGGCUGGUUAAUGAGCAGGUAAUCAAAUGUCACUAUUGUUUGUUUUUCUGGGUACAUUGUUUGUGUGCUGCCAUCCUCUGUGCUUCCACGAUCGCUCGACGGUUUGAUCUCCAGCUUGUUUUUCAUAAAGCUCCUUAUGGUUUAAUAACUCCAUGAAGAAGAUGAUGUGACUGCCACGAAUGGGAGGAGUUUGAUGUAGCGUCUACUGUGUCCUGUGGACAUGGGUUAUGCCACAAUGAAUGCAUUGAGCUGCAUGGGUAUAGUCAGGUUGGGUGUCCACUUCCUUUUCUCGACCUGUCUCACUGAAUGCUGAUGAGCAAAAGUGCAUGAAAAAAAAGAUCAUAUUGUUUGUAUGCAGCCUUGCUUACAAGCCAAGGACAUUUUCUGUGGGGUUCUGUGGGUCCUCUUUCUGGCUAUGCAGAUAUUUUUUAAAAUCUGUGAUAUUCCUAUAUAUACUCUUUUCUACUGUAUCCAAUGGGAAUUUUCAGAUAAAUAGCUCUUUGUUAAAUCCUACUGAAUAUUGUUCAAAUUUGAAAGUACGUUUGAAUAAAAUUUGUAUAUUGCCAA